AUGGCAUCCUCCGGAAUCUCGGUCGCACCCGAAUGCAUCCAGACCUUCAACGACCUCAAGCUGGGCAAAGGCGGCAACAGCCCGAAAUGGAUCAUUUACAAGAUCUCCGACGACUCGAAGGAGAUUGUUGUGGAGGAGAGCUCGUCAGACCCGGACUACAGCAAGUUCCGAGAGAAGCUGCUGAACGCCAAGAGCAAGAACAAGCGUGGCGAGGAGUGCAUUGGUGCCCGAUAUGCCGUCUUUGAUAUCGAGUAUGAUGCGGCAAGUGGUGAGGGUAAGAGGAGCAAGAUUACCUUCAUCAGCUGGGUGCCUGAUGAUGCUGGACUACAGCCGCGCAUGAUGUACUCGUCCUCCAAGGAGGCACUUAAGCGGGCGCUCACCGGAAUCGCGUCCGACAUCCAGGCCAACGACCCCGACGAUAUCGAGCACGAAAGCAUCAUCUCGCGAGUCAGCAAGGGUCGCUAG